ACAGAGCAAACCAGGAAGUGGUGUGAUGACGUCACGUGAUUAACAUGUGUCGAGAGCCGGGGGUGGGUACGGUUUUAACGGUCAACUUCAGACACGAUUAAACGUCAACAACUCGAAUCGAUCCUAAACAGCAAACAUCGGUAGAAUGAAUUUGUAAGAGCAAUUUUCCCCCUCGCACAAAGACGCUCCUCUCCAUGUGGUGCUAAACGUUUCCGCGUUCAAUAGCUAACUAGCUGUCUGUAGCGAGUGGAACACAUGGAUCACUUUGUUUUGUAACUUCGGUAGUUAGCUAAUUAUUAUCAUGCUCCUGUCAUCGUUUAUACAUUUCAGCACAGCAUCCAGAUGCCUUCCAAUAAAAACAUGUACGCGGUGUUGCCAAUACAGUGCAGGAAGGAGCGUCCGUAGAGUCGAUACCCCAGUGUUGUUGAAGAACGCAUUGACUUUCAACCGCAGUGGUGGACACGGCGGAAAGCAACAACACAUUGGGUUGAAGAGCUCGCAGAAGAGAUGCUUUUCAUCUGAAUGUGACGAGGUUGGUCAUCAGCAUGAACAUGGUGAUGUGAGAGUGAGGUUCGCUCCGAGUCCAACAGGUUUCCUACACCUGGGGGGGCUGCGUACAGCUCUCUACAACUAUAUCUACGCUAAGAAGUAUGGAGGGAGUUUCAUCUUACGUAUGGAAGAUACAGACCAGAGCAGACUGGUGCCGGGAGCUGCUGAGUCUAUAGAGGAUAUGUUGGAGUGGGCUGGUAUCCCCCCAGACGAGGGUCCCCGUGGAGGAGGCCAGUACGGUCCCUACCUCCAGUCCCAGAGGCUGUCCCUGUACAGCCAGGCUGCUGACUCCCUGGUCCAGACAGGGAAGGCCUACCACUGCUUCUGCAGCCAGCAGAGACUAGAAUUACUGAAGAGAGAGGCCCUACGCAGUGGACAGACACCGCGGUAUGACAACAGGUGCAGACACCUCCGCCCAGACCAGCUAGAAGAGAAGCUGGAUCAGAAGGUCCCCCAUGUGAUCAGGUUCCGUCUGGAGUCUGGAGUAGAACCCUUCAACGACCUGGUCUUUGGCUGGAACCGUCAUGAGGUGGCCCAGUUUCUGCUCCAGGUUGAAGGAGACCCUGUCGUGUUGAAAGCUGAUGGUUUCCCCACCUAUCACCUGGCUAACGUAGUAGAUGACCACCUGAUGAAGGUCAGCCACGUCCUGAGAGGAUCAGAGUGGCUCAUCUCUACCUCCAAACACCUGCUGCUCUACAGGGCUCUGGGCUGGAAGCCCCCGGUGUUCGGACACCUUCCUCUCCUCCUCAACAGAGAUGGCAGUAAGCUCUCCAAGAGACAAGGAGAUAUCUACAUACAGAGUUUCCAGAGGAGUGGGGCCCUACCUGAAGCACUACUGGAUAUCACCACACACUGUGGAUCUGGCUUCAACAGUAACCGUGUUGGUCGUAAGAUGGAAGAACUGAUCGCAGAGUUCAACCCGUCCAAGUUCACCACCCACUCUGCCCUGCUAGACCUGGACAAACUACCUGAGUUUAACAAGAUCCACCUGCAGCAGCGUAUAGAUGACGCGGUGCAACGCGAUUGGCUGGUGAGGGAUCUGCAGGGGCGGAUCCAGGAAGUGUACGGAACACAAGUCCAGGAUCAGGAUGUUCUGCAACCAGAUUACAUCACACGGGUUCUACACCUGCGCAAGGGUCAUAUCUCCUCUGUGUCUGACCUGGUGUCCUCAGAGUAUUCCUACCUUUGGGUUCGACCUUCUUUCUCUGACCAACAGAUGGCAGCACUCAGCUCAGAGACACAACACAUCGCUACUCUGGUCAUACGGUUGAUGGAAGGUCUGAAAGGAGGUGAGGAACUGACAGUCGACCAGCUCAGUGUAGAACUGAAGACUCUGGCUAAGAAGACCAGCAACACUAAAUACAGAGAUGUUAUGAAGAUUAUACGACUGGCCCUCAGCGGACUACAGCAAGGCCCCAGUGUAGCGGAGAUGAUGGUAUCGUUGGGGCCCAGUGAGAUCACACAUCGCUUCAACAGAGUUCUACAGCAGCACUGAACAUUGUGAUGAGUCCCAAAGGGCACCCUAUUACCCAUACAGUGCACUACUGUUGUCCAGGACCCUAUAGUGCACUACUGUUGUCCAGGACCCUAUAGUGCACUACUGUUGUCCAGGACCCUAUAGUGCACUACUGUUGUCCAGGACCCUAUAGUGCACUACUGUUGUCCAGGACCCUAUAGUGCACUACUGUUGUCCAGGACCCUAUAGUGCACUACUGUUGUCCAGGACCCUAUAGUGCACUACUGUUGUCCAGGACCCUAUAGUGCAUUACUGUUGUCCAGGACCCUAUAGUGCACUACUGUUGUCCAGGACCCUAUAGUGCAUUACUGUUGUCCAGGACCCUAUAGUGCACUACUGUUGUCCAGGACCCUAUAGUGCAUUACUGUUGUCCAGGACCCUAUAGUGCACUACUGUUGUCCAGGACCCUAUAGUGCACUACUGUUGUCCAGGACCCUAUAGUACACUACUGUUGUCCAGGACCCUAUAGUGCACUACUGUUGUCCAGGGCCCUAUAGUGCACUACUGUUGUCCAGGACCCUAUAGUGCACUACUGUUGUCCAGGGCCCUAUAGUGCACCACUGUUGUCCAGGACCCUAUAGUGCACUACUGUUGUCCAGGGCCCUAUAGUGCACUACUGUUGUCCAGGACCCUAUAGUGCACUACUGUUGUCCAGGACCCUAUAGUGCAUUACUGUUGUCCAGGGCCCUAUAGUGCACUACUGUUGUCCAGGACCCUAUAGUGCACUACUGUUGUCCAGGACCCUAUAGUGCACUAUUAUCCGGAUGAGUCCCAAAGGGCGCCCUAUUCCCUCUCGCAGCAACACCUGAAGACUAGGUUGUAAUCAUGUGUUACCAAUCGAGAGAGAAAACAGACUGAAACCGGGAGGGGCUGCUUGAACUUGUCCAAUAAUAAAAACGUUAAUUUUCGUAUUCCGCCGCAAAACGUUUUGCUACGUUGUGCCAUAAUGAAUAUGACCCUGGUUCAUUAUUCUAACUGGUUAUCUGGUUCUAACACAGCAACACUGAGGACUGGUUAUCUGGUUCUAACACAGCAACACUGAGGACUGGUUAUCUGGUUCUAACACAGCAACACUGAGGACUGGUUAUCUGGUUCUAACACAGCAACACUGAGGACUGGUUAUCUGGUUCUAACACAGCAACACUGAGGACUGGUUAUCUGGUUCUAACACAGCAACACUGAGGACUGGUUAUCUGGUUCUAACACAGCAACACUGAGGACUGGUUAUCUGAUCCUAACAAUAUUCCUGGCCUGCAUAUGAUCUCAGUCACACUGGACUUGUAAAGGACAUUCAGUCAAGUUGAACUGGAAAUGUUUGCAAUAAAACAGUUUCUACUAA